AUGGCCGACGUCGACACUCCUCCUGCCACCGAUGGCGCCCACAAGCGACCUGAAAAGCCUGACGAAGCCAAGUUCAAGGAGGACGUUGCGAAAGCCGAAAAAGUUCACGAGGCUGCCCAGGCCCGCUUUAAUGCUAUCCGAGCCAAGCUCGACAGCGCCCGUCCUGGAAAAUCUACUCCCGCCAACGAUCGCUUCAAAGAACUGGUCGACGACCAAAAGUCCAUUCGUCAGAAGCAGCAGGAACACAAAGCGGCCAAGGCUGGGCAACAGGAAAAGUUCAACCAGAACGAUGCCUUGAUCAAGAAGUUGUUCGCCGAGCAAAAGGAAGCUCGUACCCGUGCCGGAUUCAAGAGCCCCGAGGAGAUCGAUGCUAGGAUCGACAGCAUCACCAAGCAAGUCGACUCAGGCCACAUGAAGUUGGUUGACGAGAAGAAGGCGCUGGCCGAGAUCUCUGCACUCCGCCGCCAAAAGAAGGGCUUUGUUGGUCUGGAUGACCUGCAAAAGAAGAUCGACGAGAAAAAGGCGGAAAAUGCCGAACUCAAGAAGUCGUUUGACAAUCCCGAGUCCCGAGCCCUGUCUCAGAAAUUUGAAGACAAUCAGAAAGAGCUCGACGAAAUCAAGGCUGCACGCGAAGACACCAACAAAAACUACGACACCCUGAAGGCCGAGCGCGACCGCCUGUACGAAGAACAGCAGGCAACCUAUGCAGCCAUCAGAAAGGUCAAGGACGACUAUUAUGCACAGAGAAAGGCUUACAAGGAAUAUGAAGACAUGGUCUACCAGCAACGGCGAGAACGACAAAAGGCAGAGCGUGAUGCGUACGAGAAGGAAAAGCGCCGCCGCAUUGCUGAGCAGAAGCUCGAGGAGGCUUCUGAACCCGCUUUCCUGGACCAAAUCCGCACUGCUGAAGGACUCAUCCGCCACUUUGACCCGACCUACCACACCGAUGAAGGCGACAAAGGCCCCGGCCAAUUUGCUGCAACUGCUCAACGAACUGUUGACGAGUCUGGCUUCAAAGGCAUGAAAGUGAUGAAGAAAGAAGACGAAGACUUCUUCGUGGGCAGUGGUGGCAAGAAGAAAGGCAAAGGCAAGAAAGGUGCUGCCCCCACUCCCGCAGACUCUGGCAAACUCAACAUGAACAUUGGAAUCAUUGAGGAGCUGGCCAAAGUUGGAGUCGACCCGCCAAGCACCCAGGCCGAUGUUCCUGGUGUGGUUGAGAAGCUCAAAGAGAAACUGGCCGCGUGGAAGAAGGACCAGGACGCGCAAACCCAAAAGAAUAUCGAAAAGGCCAAGAAGGAUAUUGAGAAGCUCGAACAAGAAGCUCUCGAAGCGUCGAACACGACUCCCUCGACCAAUGCCCGAAGCGGUCGUCACAACCAUGCAAAGAAAGUAGCGGCAAAGGAUGCAGGCGUGAAUGGAUCUGUUUCUGCUGAGGGCGAAGAAGCUCAAGAGAAAGACGCUGUUGCUGACGCAACCAAGGAGCUCCAGGAGGCCAAGAUCGAGGACAAAAAGAAUGAGGCAGUUGAAGCGUCACAGUGA